AUGGCUGUCAAAUCAGAGUCGUCAAUGGGCCUUUCGGGCUUCUCCUUCGCGCAAAUGCUGCGCUACCUCGUGGUAGCCGUUAUUCUAUGGUAUGCUGGAUACAAGUUGUUCACAGGCCACGGUGAGGACAUCAACUUUGGUAAGUUUCUCACCAAGACUUCGCCCUACAUGUGGGCCAACCUGGGAAUCGCUAUGUGCAUUGGGCUCAGUGUCACCGGUGCUGCAUGGGGUAUCUUUGUUACGGGAUCCUCGAUUCUCGGAGCAGGUGUGCGUUCUCCUCGGAUUACGACCAAGAAUUUGAUCUCCAUCAUUUUCUGCGAAGUUGUGGCCAUUUACGGCUUGAUCAUGGCUAUCGUUUUCUCCGCCAAAGUGACCACUGCGCCCGCAGAAACUAUGUUUUCCAAAUCAAACCUGUACACUGGGUACUCCCUUUUCUGGGCCGGCCUCACUGUGGGAGUUUCCAAUCUAAUUUGCGGUGUUGCAGUCGGUAUUACUGGUGCUACUGCUGCGGUUUCGGAUGCGGCUGACUCUGGCUUGUUUGUCAAGAUUUUGGUUAUCGAGAUUUUCGGCUCUGUUUUGGGUCUGCUCGGUCUGAUUGUUGGAUUGUUGAUGGCAGGAAAAGCUGCUGAAUUCAGCUGA